GUGAGUGAGAGAGGGGGCAGCACAGGUCCGUGUAGAGUACACGGUGCGACGGACGUUUAGUUGUAUCGUGGACUUUGUUAACAUUGCGCGCGCAUAUACACAGAAUCGACGACGCUCUCCAGAAUCAGAGAAUCAGGCGGCCCAGUCCCAGUUCCCAGUCCCUGUCCCAGUGCGUGGCAACAAUUAACAUUAAACCGAUGAUCAACACUGAUUUCCAUAUAAAAAUUAUAAUAACUGUGCACAUUUAAUUAGCGAGAGUUUCAUCGUCAGAGCCGGCUAAUUUUAAUUUGUUGUCUGAUUUUUUUUUUUUUUUGUCUGACGAUCCACGAGCCUGUCAGAGUGUCAGCCUGUCGCUGUCGGGAUCGGGAGCAAGAUCCAAGAGAACAUUUCACACGCGACGAACUCACUCAAGAUCAAGACUCAACGACACGAUUAUACGAUGACAAAAGUCAAUAAAUAGGGUGUUGUUUGCUUUGUUUAAGUUUGCUUUCGUGUUGGGCUUCAUAAUAAUUCGUGGGAUCAUAUAUCGUAGCGUUGUGUGUCGUGAUUAUUGUUGUUGUUUUAUUUUGUUAUUGUUGUUUUGCGUUGUUGUUUUUGUUGGUGUUGUUGAUGUUUUGUUUGACGACUUGUGCUGCCCGCUUUGAUGGUGAUUAUGAUGAGGUAGAUCUUGUCUGACAGAUGCAGAUGAAUUAUUACCUAUCUUUGAGAUACUUUUGGCUAUCAUUGAAAUAUUGUUGAAAAAUAACAAAACAAACACUUGUAGAAUUAAAACAAACACUUGUUGUUUAAAUUAUAGUUGUGUUUUGAAUUUGUGUGGAAUUUUUGUUGGACGUUUUUUCCCCUUGCUGAUUCACCAUUGCCAUAUUGGGCUUUACGAGCUAAGACCAACACGACGACGAAGACCAAGAGUGAUUUAUGGUCGCGUGUCAUCUGAAAAUUUCAUGUUCAUAUCGUCCUGGACGUUCGUUUUGUUUGUUGUCUAUGCGUAGGUGUGUAGUAUUGGCAAUCUGAAGUGAACUGAACCAAAGUGGUAUCCCACUGUGCGCGGAACAUUAUGGAGCAAAUUGCCGUGAGCGAUAUGCAGCACCAGCAGAGCACAGCCAGCUUGGUAACGACCAGCAAUUCAGGCUCAGCGGACUACAAUUGCUUAUCAAUAGUGGGUGGAAAAAUGCGCAACAACUUGGGGAGUGCGGGCAACAACAGCAACAAUAAUACACUCGCUUCGUCGUUGGUGGAGAUUUCAGAACCUGUUGCAGUAAGUGCCGGUGGCAUUGAAGCCAGUUCAGACUCAGAUUCCCCCACAAUGUACUCCUCCUCGUCGUCGAGAACAACUUCCAAUUCAAUGGCCAACAAUGCGUCGAACGAUCUGGCAGCAGCUGCUGCAGUUGUACUCUCGCUGCAAGGAACGAUGGUAUCUAGUUUGCAGCAGGCAGCGAUGCUACCUGCCAAUUCGCCAGCUGCAGCUGCUCUCAACUUGCAAGCACUCGAAUCGUAUUUGGCCCUUCAACACAUCACCGGAAAGUCGGAUGUGUUUCGCAACAGCAACCAGGAGCAGGCAAAGGCCGAACUGGCCAGCGAUCUCGGAGACUGCGACGAUCUCAAUCUCUUGGAGAGCGACGAGCAGCUGUCUUUUGAAUCGACGAUAGACACAACAGCAGUUGACGGCCUCCAAGGGCUCGACACAACAUACAAUAACCUUAUGAUAAACGCCACCACAAGCUCAUCAUACCAUCCAUCGCACUCGGAAACUUUGCAGGCAGCCAUGCUGCACGACAAGAUGCUUCUCAACAAUACCCAGUCGCAUCAGUCGCAGUCGUCAUCAGCAUCAGCAUCGUCCAGCUUGAAACGUUACCUGCCUUCUUCAACAUCAACGUCAUCUGUCAAAAGCCUGCCCAGUCUAUCAUCCUCCUCCGCAUCAGCGUCGUCCUCAUCAACUGUCACAACAUCAACCGCAGCGACGGCGUCUGCAUCUGUAUCUGCGACGGCGGCGCAACAAAAUCAGGCGUCUGCAGCAACAUCAGUUUCGGGCAUCCAGCAGCAGCGCUCAAAGAAGCAAUUCAUAUGCAAGUUCUGCAAUAGACAGUUCACAAAAUCCUACAACCUUCUCAUUCAUGAACGCACCCACACCGAUGAACGCCCCUACUCUUGUGAUAUUUGCGGCAAAGCCUUCCGCCGACAGGAUCACCUUAGAGACCACAGGUACAUCCACUCAAAGGAGAAACCAUUCAAAUGCACCGAAUGCGGAAAGGGUUUCUGUCAAUCUCGCACCCUGGCUGUCCAUAAAAUUCUACAUAUGGAAGAAUCACCGCACAAAUGUCCAGUGUGCAAUCGCAGCUUCAACCAGCGCUCAAAUCUAAAGACACAUCUUCUAACCCACACCAAUAUCAAGCCAUACAACUGCGGCUCCUGUGGCAAGGUAUUCCGUAGGAAUUGUGAUCUCCGGCGUCACAGUCUAACCCACAAUCUGACAUCGGGUGCUGUUGGUCUCAAUGAAUCGCCGUCAGAGACGAUCAUUAUCAAUGACAGAAAUGCUGCCCUUGAAAAGGAACAACAUGUCGUCGAAUAGAAAUAGAAAUCAUGUACAAUAAAAUAAUAAUAAUCUCGACCCAUCACUAUUAUAAUAUAAAAUAAUUGUAUCUCUAUCUCACUCUCAAUAUUGUGAUCGUUCAAUAUCAAUAUGUCAUUGUCAACUGUCAUAUACUUGGAAUCAAUUGCAUUAUUAUAAGCUGGCUGACGCAGACUGUAAAUAGUUUUUGUUUGUUUCCUUCUCAUUCUUUAGCAUCGACUUAGAAAGAGAUAACUAAAUGAUAUUUGCUACACAAUGAAAAUAAAUAGAAUGCUUUUUAAGAGCGCCCUCUAGAUUAAGCUAUUUAGAUUAUAAGUUGAACAAAAAAUAUAUGUAUGUUUACAGUUAAA